AUUGAAAGGAGGAGGGAGGGAGCAAGGAGGAGGAGCGGCGAGGGAGCUAGGCGGAGGGAGGAGACCUAACUGCCUCGCCGGCUUGCGUCACGGCCUCAGAGCCCAGAAGAGCGGCUGGGGAGCGCGGGGACUGAAGGAGGACCGGCGCGGGCCAGGCUCGCCCACCGCAGCCCUCCGCCCUGCUCCUCCGGCCUCCGCCUCGCCGCCCCGUUUCCCCGUUCGAGCCCCCAUUCAGCCAGAGGAAGGAGGUAAGGGGAACUCUCUCCCCUCCCUCCUCGUAAAGCAUAAAAUAAAACUUCCGCAGCCCGGAGCGGGGCGCCAGGGCCUCCGCUGGCAUGGAGCUAUUGUGCUGCGAGGUGGACCCCGUGCGCAGGGCCGUGCCGGACCGCAGCCUGCUGGACGACCGCGUCCUGCAGAACCUGCUCACCGUCGAGGAGCGCUACCUGCCGCAGGGCUCCUACUUCAAGUGCGUGCAGAAGGACAUCCAGCCCUACAUGCGCAGGAUGGUGGCCACCUGGAUGCUGGAGGUGUGCGAGGAGCAGAAGUGUGAAGAGGAAGUCUUCCCCCUGGCCAUGAACUACCUGGACCGCUUUCUGGCCGGGGUGCCCACCCCGAAGACUCACCUGCAGCUUCUGGGCGCCGUGUGCAUGUUCCUGGCAUCCAAGCUGAAGGAGACUAUUCCGCUGACCGCCGAGAAGUUGUGCAUCUACACGGACAACUCCAUCAAACCCCAGGAGCUGCUAGAGUGGGAGCUGGUGGUGCUGGGCAAGUUGAAGUGGAACCUUGCUGCUGUCACCCCACACGACUUCAUUGAGCACAUCCUCCGCAAGCUGCCCCAGCAGCGGGAGAAGCUGUCGCUGAUCCGGAAGCAUGCGCAGACCUUCAUCGCUCUGUGCGCCACCGACUUCAAGUUUGCCAUGUACCCGCCCUCGAUGAUUGCAACUGGAAGCGUGGGGGCGGCCAUCUGCGGGCUGCAGCAGGACGAGGAAGUGAGUUCCCUCACGUGUGACGCGCUGACAGAGCUGCUGGCCAAGAUCACCAACACCGACGUGGAUUGUCUCAAAGCCUGCCAGGAGCAGAUCGAGGCCGUGCUGCUCGACAGCCUGCAGCAGUUUCGUCAGGAGCAGCGCGACGGAUCCAAGUCCGAGGACGAACUGGACCAGGCCACCACGCCCACCGAUGUGCGGGACAUCAACCUGUGAGGACGCUGCGGCCGGCGCCGUCUGCUCUCGCCUUUCUGAUGUUUGGUUCUUUUGUGUUUUAGGAUGAAACUUUAAAAAAAAAUUCUGCCCCACCUAGAUCAUAUUUAAAGACCUUUUAGAAGUAAGAGAAAAAGGUCCUAUAAAAAUGGAAUAAUUAAAAGCAUUUGGUGCCUAUUUAAAGUACAACAUAAGGGAAUCCCUUGUAUAUUCGAAGUUACUGUUUGAUUAUGUAAAAGUGAUAGUAAAAUGCUUCAAGAAAACCUGCAGAGUAGCUAGAAGACAAGCACACCUGCAAUAUGGGAACCAGUUAGGGGAGACUCUGUUUUUGAUGCUGUUGAACUAGCACCUAGGCCCCUUUUAGAAUAAUUGCAAGAAAUGUUUAUGCCAUCCAUGGCAAGAGUAGAUUGCAAAGCAAUGAACUCGAGGAGGAAUUAGAAGCGAGGAGGGAAGCGGGGGAGUACAGACCUGUCCGCGUGGCAGCCGUGUGUGUGAAGCACCUUCCUGCAGAGCCGUGUGUACCAGGCAGCGUGUCGGGUUUGGCCGGGGCCUCUGAGCCUGUACUCGUGCUGCAGUAGCUGCUGCCUGGAAGGUGUGGUGUUGUGCCAGUGGGCCACGGGUGAUUGGCUCCUGGGUUUUCCUGUUUGGGGACUUCCUUCUUCUUCCAAACCUGGUUCAUUGCAGGCACCCCUGCCGCGUAGUUAGCUAAUGGGGAAAUGUAGCUGUGGGCUGUGGCCAAAACUCUGAAGUGGAGGCAGACAGAAAGCAAGGCUGGGACCUGGAGUGGAGUCUCCUCUUCUGUAAGGGAGGGUGAGGUGACCUUGCAACCCUCGGUUGGGAAAAAUUACUUUUUGGUGCUGAUUGGUGUGCCUGGCCCAUGGCGUAGCCUUGUUAUAAACCAUUCCAUUCGAAAAAGCACUUUGAAGCAUGGUUCCCGAGGGUACAUGGGGUGGUUUAUGCAAAUCUCGCUGAAUACUCCUUCCCUCUUCACCCCUCUGCUUCUUGGCCCGGGUCUAGUCUGUUCACUUCCGGAAUCGGACAUCACUGGUACAGAGCUCUGGAGUCCCCUCCCGGGCUCAGGAGAUGUCCUUGCCGCUGACCUUCCCACCACGACGUCCCCAGACCCUCCUCAGCUCUAUUCCCUUUGUCACUCCUGGAAGGAUCUGAACUCCCAUGGUAGCCUUCUCUUCGGGACGUGGAAAGAAAAGCGACUGCUGGUGCAGCGGCAGGGGACAGCAGUGCGGCACUUUGCCCCUUUCCUUGUUUUGUUCAUCUUACUGCAGUUGUGUUCAUUGUACUUGAACUUCCUUUUCUCGGCGCGUCUUAGAGGCAUUUGGUUAGAGGUUGGAGCCACGAUUUUUUUUUUUUUUUUUUU